AUUUGAAGGCGAAUUAGCCUGCUGGCUAAUUGGACCCCCACGUAACGUUACGCGGUGGUUGCAGCUCCUCUGUUUGGUUUUGCAUGAGCCCACUCGAACACAUGAUGCUAAAUUGCGAUUUAUACAUAUUUUGGGACAUCGUAACAAUCGAUACUUGUGGUAGUAACAGCAUGUUGUGUUGUGUCGUUUGUAUUAUAAGGCGAGAGAAGGAAAACUGCUCCAGCGUAAAAACUGUUCAAAUUUGCAGUACACAAAAUCAGGUUUCAUGGAUUACAAUUUGCAAUUUGAAAAAAAUGCUUAAAAUUCCCGUACUCUGCAUUGCCUAGAUACCACAAGAUAGCAUCAAACAACAUCAUAGCAUUAGAUAUCGCAAGAUAGCAUCAAAACCCCAGAUACAAAUAGGUUCAAGUUAGUGUGGUGUGUUUAUGUUUUAAUCUAGUGAUUCAUAAACAUAACUUUUACACUACAUUUUACAUUUACGUGUUUGACUGUUUCUCCCAUUCAGUAACUUGCUGAAAGGUGACGGACGAUCACUCUCCUUAUUUCACCCCCCCAUAUUACAGAAACAGCGACAUAACUGAAGUUUGCUUGUAAUUAGGGCUGAACGAUUUAGAGAAAUAAUGCAAUCCCCGCUCAGGUUCAAGUAUGUUUUUUGAAAGGUUCUCUUUCUAUGAAAUUUCCAACAACUUUUUAACUUAUGAAACACUUCAGUCUUUUGAGAGUUCACUACUUAAUGAAAUUUUGGGCUCACAAAACAAAACAACUAAGCCACAGCACUCAUGAAUCAAGCUUCUGUUCAGACCCUUCCCUGCGGCAAUGGAGGAAUCGGUGACCACGUUUGAGACGCAUUUGACGGCGGUCAUGGACGGCCUCAUCCGGGCGUCCGUAUGCGAGAUCACCAAACUGUUCCAGGAGACGGUGGCAGACUACCUGGUGGAGCUUUCCCUGAACCGAAAGGAAAACGACGCUCUCAAGCUGCGCCUGAGGCUCACCGAGAACAAGUUGAGGACGGAACGCAUGUACGGCGCCGGCUGGGCUGCAAGCCGCCGCAACGCCGGACCCGUGGUCGCGGAAGAAGGACGGCACAAGCGGAAAGUCGAGAAGGAACCAGGCAAGUCAAAGAAGGGCCCUGCAGCAGCCUAUCGUAGAGGCUGGUCUGGAGGCAUGUGGGAGGAAGGCGGAGGGGGCGCUAUCGCUGGAGGAGGUGCAGCAGCAGGAGCGGUGGUGGCAGCAGGACAAGGAGAAAAAGAUUCCAAGCAGAUGUACCUUGUCCAGCUCCCCAGGGGUGACGAGGAUGAGGAAGGCAUGGUGCGGGAUGAGGAAGAGAAAGGCAGUCUCGGCUGUGAGGGGGAGGAGAUGACCAGCAUAAAAGAGGAGUUUACCCAGAACGAGGGAUAUCAGCCAGCUUCUCUCAGGAUGAUCAAGGAGGCUCUGAAGAUGGAUCGGCCAAACCACAACUUCCGGGAUAUUUCCAGAGCUCAAAGUGAAGAUUAUCCCUUGAGCCUCACAUCUGCCAAGAAAGAGGACAAUGACUGGGACAUGGGCACGGUGGAGCCAUCGGAGGGCGGUAUGACUGUGGACGAGCUGAGGGGCCUGGAGUCUGCACUGAGGGCCGAGCGAGGUCGCGAGCAGGCCGCUAUGACGGCCUCCCAGCCCGCAGGCCCCACGUCGGAGGUGGCGUUAGGGACCAAGCUCGGCUUGCCUGCCAAGUACAUCGGACUGGACGGCAUGGAGCAGGACGGAGAUGCGGCGCCACAGCCGCCCACGCUGCAGCGAGAGGACCAGUUAGGCAGAGGCCGGGCGAAGGACCGCGUGAAGGGCCACACGAGGCCAGGGUCGCUCGGGUCAGGCAGAGUCAGGAAGAUGCGAGAAAGCGAUUUGGCACUGAACGGAGAGGAUGGAGCGGAGCAAGGGGAAUCUGAGCGCCUGCAGCCGUCUGCAGCAGGAAGCGCGGGCGAGAGCGGCGGCGAAGAGGACGCCGCCCCCGACCUGCUUCACUUCUGCCCUCAGUGUGGGGGCGGCUUCACUACAGAAGCUGAGAUGGAGGAGCACCCCUGCCCGCUAGGCGGCGCCCAUUUACAGAACAGUGUCGGUGAGGAGAACGUUUUCCCUUGUGCCCACUGUGGAAAUACAUUCAGCCACGCGUGGGCGCUCAAGAACCACGAGUGCGCCUGUGCUGCCGAGAGGCCUCACUGUUGCGAGAUCUGCGGUAAGCGCUUCACGCACUCUCGUUCCCUAGAGCGACAUCAUCUGGUGCACACGGGUGAGAGGCCGCACCAGUGCCCGUUGUGCGGGCGAAGCUUCAGCCGCCUCGGCAACCUGGAGCGCCACCAGAGGAUCCACACGGGCGAACGUCCUUACGGAUGCGAGGCGUGCGGCAAGCGCUUCAGUCGAGUGGAGUACUUAAAGAGACACCAGCUGAUUCACAACGGCGAGAAGGCUUCAAUGCAGUGCUCUGCCUGUGGCGUGAACUUUUGUGAUGUGGAGCAGCUGAAAAGCCAUCAGUGUUUUUGAAAAAGAGUUAUGUGGAAGAAGCAGCUGAAUGUGGUAGCAUUUAGUUGACUAACGUGUGUUUCUCAGUGGUUUGCGGUUCUUCAAGUCUGACGAGAACUUAAGCAGCUAUAAGCUAGUUAGCAAGCUAUCAUUUCAACCGAAGCUAUUCGUAUUUGUAUAAAGCCUGUACGUAUUUAUUAAAACAAAAUGUACAUUUAUUUGUUUGUAUUGACACUUGGAAGAGGUCAGUGUUUUUCUCCACUUUAGAGGAAUGGCUGUGUUUUGUACAUUUGUCUAUAGUCGGCAUUGAGAAAUAAACACUUCAGUCCGUCAGAACACA